UCCUGCCCGCGCCGCCGCCGCUGCCAGACCAUGGGAUGUCGGCAAAGCUCGGAGGAGAAAGAGGCGGCACGUCGGUCCCGGCGCAUCGACCGGCACCUGCGCUCGGAGAGCCAGCGGCAGCGGCGCGAGAUCAAGCUGCUCCUGCUGGGCACCAGCAACUCGGGCAAGAGCACCAUCGUCAAGCAGAUGAAGAUCAUCCACAGCAUGCGGCGGCUGUGGGCCGACCCCGGCGCGCAGACCUGCUUCGGCCGCUCCAACGAGUACCACCUGGAGGACAACGCGGCCUACUACCUGAACGACCUGGAGCGCAUCGCCGCGCCCGACUACAUCCCCACCGUGGAGGACAUCCUGCGCUCCCGGGACAUGACCACGGGCAUCGUGGAGAACAAGUUCACCUUCAAGGAGCUCACCUUCAAGAUGGUGGACGUGGGCGGGCAGCGGUCCGAGCGCAAAAAGUGGAUCCACUGCUUCGAGGGGGUCACGGCCAUCAUCUUCUGCGUGGAGCUUAGCGGCUACGACCUGAAGCUGUACGAGGACAACCAGACGGUGAGCGGCCAGCUUUUCCUCUCUUCCCGCCGCCGCCUCCCGGGAAGCGGGGGGUCCCGGGCGUGUGUGGGGGGGUUGCUUCGAGGCUGCUGGCAGAGGGGCCCAGGUGGCUCCAGCGAGGUGUGUGGCUGGGGUAGAUGUGGAGCACCGCGGGACCUCAGGGUCACACCUGCUGUGAGGACCAGUGCGCGAGGUGCCCAGCUCCCUGGCUCCCGGGAGUGGUGGUGGCAGAGGCCACGCAGCCAGACGAGGGUUGGCCGUGGCCAAGGCCUCCCCCUGCUGGGCGUCAUGCGGCGGCUGUGGGCCGACCCCGGCGCGCAGACCUGCUUCGGCCGCUCCAACGAGUACCACCUGGAGGACAACGCGGCCUACUACCUGAACGACCUGGAGCGCAUCGCCGCGCCCGACUACAUCCCCACCGUGGAGGACAUCCUGCGCUCCCGGGACAUGACCACGGGCAUCGUGGAGAACAAGUUCACCUUCAAGGAGCUCACCUUCAAGAUGGUGGACGUGGGCGGGCAGCGGUCCGAGCGCAAAAAGUGGAUCCACUGCUUCGAGGGGGUCACGGCCAUCAUCUUCUGCGUGGAGCUUAGCGGCUACGACCUGAAGCUGUACGAGGACAACCAGACGAGCCGGAUGGCGGAGAGCCUGCGCCUCUUCGACUCCAUCUGCAACAACAACUGGUUCAUCAACACGUCGCUCAUCCUCUUCCUGAACAAGAAGGACCUGCUGGCCGACAAGAUCCGGCGCGUCCCGCUCACCGUCUGCUUUCCCGAGUACAAGGGCCAGAACACCUACGAGGAGGCGGCCGUCUACAUCCAGCGGCAGUUCGAGGACCUGAACCGCAACAAGGAGACCAAGGAGAUCUACUCCCACUUCACCUGCGCCACCGACACCAGUAACAUCCAGUUCGUCUUCGACGCCGUGACCGACGUCAUCAUUCAGAACAACCUCAAGUACAUCGGCCUUUGCUGAGGGGCCAGCCAGCCCGCCAGCCUGCGACGGAACCCCCGGGGGGCCCGCCCCAGCCCCGGGCCAGAAAACGGGGCCUGGAGAACGUCCCCCCUCCCCGCCCCUCCGCCUCCGUGGCCCCCACAUUUCCACAAACAUAACCA